UUGUAUUUUUACAGGAGUGUAGGGCAGUGAUAGAGGCAGUAUUGUGAGUUGCUUUGAUGUGAUCGUGACAGCAAAGGUGCCCCCAUUGAUGCUGGUGGCGAGGCAACAAAAACCAUGUGGACUGUGAUGUGCAACAAGUGCAAUCAAUUCUGAGCUCUGGGCAGCUACAUUUGCAAUUUUUUUUCUCAUUGAACACACGCUGAAAUUGAUCUGUUUUCAUUUUUUGGAUUGUUCAACUGCUCAUUUGAAUGGCGUGGAAGGUUAUGCAAGACUUGAGUUCUGCACUGAAGAGGUACCAGCAACGGAUUGGCGCGUAUGAUCAGCAUGACUGGGAACGGAAUGUGGAACAAAAGCUGCUGGAGGGACUGGGCGGGCCUGUGCCCAAGAAGACUGUCAAGUUAUUGCCCGAACUCAUUGACGUGGAUAUCAUUCGAGGGUCUUCAUUCGGAAGAGCGAAACCCCUGCUGGGAUUCGUGGGCGUGACGUGGGUCGGGCUGAAGGCGGCCGUGUUCUUCCCGCUCUGGUGGGCCUGGUGGCGGAAGCACCUGGACAACACCCUGGUGAAGCUCAUGUGCAUCGCGUAUUGCCUGCAAAUCGGCGUCACUGCCCACUACUUGGGCCACCGACACUCGGACGUGGAGGCCGUGCUGACGUGCACGGAAGUCGGGUCGUGUUUCAUCGCCGUGCUGGCCCUCAGCGUCCUGCAUGCCCACAUGACCUCUACCCUCAAGCCGGCUGUUGUGCGGGAUGCUCGAGCAGGAAGCUUUUCGCAGUCGUCUCGGGGCUCCUCGGAGGCCACAGACGGAGGAUGUGGCGGUGGUGGCAAGACGUCUCAACCGCCACCGCCGCCGCCUCUGGCGCCCAGAUGGCGGCGUGCCAUCUCUGAAGACCCGGGUUGUUGUCGGACCGAGUCUCCGCGUCUGGCGUCCGUGCUCGCUGCCAACAAAAAAUUCAAGCCUAAGGGCAUGCGACGGGUGCGGAGAAAGAGCUGCGGGACAAUGACGUCCACCGAGGAGAAGAAUUCGUCUGGGGAAAGCAGCGAGUGUCAGACCACCGCCAGUGGCCUGCCGGGAAAGACGGACGCUUCGGACGACGUUGACUACUGGUCCGGGGCGACUACCAACAGCGAAGAAGACUGUUGCAAUUACACGAGCACGGAGCUGGAUGAUGACGGAGACGCGGAUGGGAGCGGAGCCGGCGCCGUUGGUGGCGGCGGCGGCGGUGUUGGUGGGCCUGCUGCGGCUGGUCCUCGUGUUCCUGGCGGGGGCGGCGUUGUUGGUGGUGGUGGUGGUGGUCGUCGAGACCCGUUAUUUUUCCACGACUCGCUUCUUUUCCCGUUUGACUGCGGAGGAGCCGGCGGCGGACUGGUGCUGAGUUGCAUGAUAUGGGGUGGAUCAAGUUUGGAGGCCCACAAGGCGGACCUGAGCGUGUUGGACAUUUCUUCAGCCAUCGUCCGAAAAGUGGAGUUCAGUUCAGCUUGGGAUUCCUCUGAUUACCUGUGGAUUGGUGUGAUGUUUUCCUGUGUAUUGGCAUUGAUCCCGGCUGCAGUUCGGGUCGCUGGGGCCGGUUUAAGCAUGACGGACGUGCACCUGGACCAACUCUGGCCCGGGCUAGACCGGUUUGCCGACUUGCGUUUCAUUGCCUCGUCUUCUUCUUUGGUCGGGUCUUGGGCGCUGGCAAAUAGUCCCGUAGUGAUGUUGAUGUGCUUGAGGUUCAUCUUGGCGUUUCUCACCUUCUUCCUGUUGUCCGUGGCCGAGAGAACCUUUAAAAGGAGAUACAUGUUGGCGAAGAUGUUUCAUUGCUUGACUUCGGCGAGGCGAGCGAAACGCUGGGAUCUGCCUCAUUUCAGACUCAGCAAAGUGCGCAAUAUCAAGACCUGGUUGUCUGUGAGGUCUUACUUGAAGAGGCACGGGCCACAGCGGUCAGUGGAUGUGAUUGUGUCGGCGGCAUUUGUGGCGACCUUGGCCCUGAUGACCGGCAUUUGCGUGGACAUGCUGCGAGCGCAGUCGGAGAAGCCAUCGUCGUCGUCGUCGAUUGACGAGAACGAGGACGAUCACGGCGGCGGCGGCAGUAGUGAAGAAGAAGCCAUGUCUUCGUUGCUGCUUUUGCCGGCCGCCUCUGUGUCGGCGUACACGGACGCCGUUGUGAUGUGUCUCGCCUUCGCCGUUUUCCUGCUCCGGUUCAUGACGCUGGGCGUGAAAAUCAAUUCCAAGUACCGCGACAUUUCCGUGCUCAUCACGGAGCAGAUCAAUUUGUACCUGCGCAUGGAGCAGAAGCCGCACAAGAAGGACCAGUUGAUUUUGGCCAAUAAUGUGCUCAAGCUGGCUGCGGAUCUGAUUAAGGAGCUGGAGAGUCCCUUCAAGAUCUCUGGGCUGUCUGCAAACCCAAUUCUGUACAAUGUGACCAAGAUGGUGGUGCUGUCUGCUUUCUCUGCCGUGCUCACGGAAAUGCUCGGUUUCAAGCUGAAGCUCUACAAGCUCAAGUUCAAGGCUUGAAAAUCGUCCCCGCUAUUUUAUUUCAUUUUUUGCCGACCCUCAAAUUUUGCAAAAAUGUUGGGGUGUCAACAUUUUUUGGAAGAACCCGUGGCAAAAGUGUGAUUCAACCGCAGGGGAAAAAUGGACGAAGAAAAAGUGCGAACAUGUGGUGCCAUGUUCUUCUGUUGCCUCAUCCACUGAUCUGAGCUGGAGAAAAGAAAAGAAGAGGCAUUUUUUGUUUGGUUUUUUUCAAAUCACAAAAACACACUUGUGUAAUGCAUUUCAUGAAUGUUGAACGAAAGCAUUGCUUUAAGCAUUCAUCAGUUCUUCUUUCUCUUCAAAUGACGGCCCUUUUAAGAAUAUUCUUUAGAGCAAAAAAUAAAAAAAUAAAUAACUAAUCGCCUUUUCUUGUCCCCAUGGAAACGAAUGAGAUGAGAAAUUUUAAUUAUGUUCUGGGUUUGACGAAAUUUUAAAGGUCGCCUCGAUGAAUUCCUUGUGCAGGUAUUUUUUUUUUUUUUUUCAUUGAAAUCAAGGGGAUUUGUUGAAAAAUCAACCCUAUCCAGAAAAAUAUUUCCUUCCAUGUGAUUUAAUUUCUUUUGGAAGUUUUUCCUACUUUCGUAAUUUAUCGAGGAACAACGCGCCUCUUGAAGAAGAAAAACUUUUUUUCUUCAUCCCGACGAGUUUUUUACUUUCUUGAAUAAAUUUUCCACCCUUGCAAAUUUUUGAAGAGCGAAAAAUUUUACUGUUUUUUCUUUCCUCGUGGCAUCACACUGUCAAUUUUGAUUAUUUGCGUGAAAUUUUCUUUUUAUUGCGUUUAUUUUCAUCAUUCAAAGCUUUUUUGAGUGUAAUGGUUGUUACUGUCAAAUUGUGUAGCAUUUGUUUGGUGUCGAAGUACCACCGGUGGUGUCAAAGAUUUGACCUACGUGCUUCUUGGAGAACCGAAAUUUCCUUUUGUUUUUUCUUUUCUCAUAGAUGUCAUUGUGUGUCAUUCGGCAUUCUUUGGGAAACGUGGAGCAGGUGUUGAUAAGUACAAGGAUCGAAUUUUGAGGUAUUUGCGUUGGGCAGAUAGUUUUUUUUAUUUAGGAAUUUUAGUUCCCUAUAGACAAUUAAUCAUUCCACUAUUUGAAGAUUAUUCAAAUUGAUGAAGAAUUGCGACUGUGUGUUGGCGACAUAUCCUUGGAAAAAAACUAAAAUAGGAGUUUGAAUAUGGUAGAAUAAACUAAUACAAAGUUGAGAAAUUUAUUUUUCGGUACCCCGAAAUUUCAAGUGUUGCGUGUUUCAGCGAAAUUCAUGUCCCACUUUCUUGUAAUGUUUUUUGUUUUAAUCCUUCGGCACGCGAACGUGUUUUUAUUUGUUGGAGUAAAAAGUUGUUUUGUGCCUUGAUGGGAAAAAUGUUUGAAGCCGCGACAAGACAAACAAAACAAGAAAACAUGUACCUCCAAAGUGGGUUUUUCUCCCCCAAAAGUUCCUGUCCUUUCAUUCUCCCUCUUUAACCCCACCCACAGGGAAAAAAGGAAGAAAGUAAACCUUGGAUCUCGAUCAGAAUCAGGUUGUUUCGAACCAAGCGAAUAUUUCGGGUGGUUUUGAGCCUAGUUAUUUUCUGUUUUUUGUUUUUUUUUCGGGAGGACCUGUCCUGUGGUUGGUGCACCUGCUCGAGUCAGAAAAUGGAGCAAAAUGCGAAUCUUUGUUGUCCAUUUGAAGAAGUUGCC